GGCGGGGGCGGUGGUGGGCGGGGCGACAAGGCAAAGAUCUCCAUCCUGGCAUUCGAGGUGGCCAACGUCAUGUCCAAAUCGAUCGUGCUGUGGCAGUCGCUGAGCGACCAGGAGAUGAUCCGGCUGCGCGGCGAGGUGAUCCGGGCGGAGGGCGUGCUCAAGCUCGUCUCGGACAGCGAGGCGGCGCUGCUGGGGCUGGCGUGCCGCGAGAAGCUCCAGGACCUGGUGGCGCUGGCGGGAUCGGUGGCGCGGCUGGGCAAGCGGUGCCAGGAGGCUGCGCUGCAGGGAUUCGAGCACGUCUUCGCGGACAUCCUCCGCCAGGCCAUCGAUGUGAGCGCGCUCGAGUUUAGCGCGCGGGAGAUGGAGGCCAAGGUGAAGAAGAUGGAGCGCUACAUCGCCAGCACCAGCAACCUCUACCAGGAGCUGGAGAUCCUGGCGGACCUGGAGCAGGCGGUACGGCGGAUCCACGAGGACGAUCCGGAGGCCUCGUCGCAGCAGCGGGACAACCUCAGCGCGCUCGAGCACAAGAUCUCGUGGCAGCGGCAGGAGAUCAAGUACCUGCGUGACAUGUCGCUGUGGAACCGCACGUAUGACAAGAUCGUCAUGCUGCUCGCCCGGACCAUCUGUACGAUCCAUGGCCGGAUCGUCAGCGUCUUCGGUCCCCCGGCCGCAUUGGAUCACGGGAACUGCAACAGCGGCUUCCUCGGCCUGGGCGAGCUCGCGAGGUUCGAUCGAUGCGGCCGGUUCUCACAGCAGCUCUCGGCGAAUCACUCGCAAGUUCUUUCCCAGCAGCAGCAGCAGCAGCAGCAGCAGACGGUUUCCUCUGGAUCGUUUCUCCAGUUUUGUGGUGGCGGAGGUGGUGGUGGAGGAGGUGGCGGUGCCAAAGGUGGUGCUAAAGCACAGACGUUCGUGGAAGCGUGCAAUGGCUCCGCUACGUCGCCUUGCAAUGGGUCGUCUCUGGGAGCUUCCACGUCGCCAUCGUCGGGGACGGAGACCUCGCAAGCAACGUCCCCGGUGGAGCAGUCGGCGGAGGUGACGCGGAGGACUUCCUCGGCGGAGGUGGCGGUGAUGGAUCCUUCUCCCAAGAACUCGUCGCCCGCGACCGAUGCUCCUCAAGAACACCCGGCAGCGAUACAAGAGGUGAGAUCCUUCGUCACCACCAACGGGUACCGGAACGGAUCAAGCAGGACCUUCCUGUCGCAGCCAUCGAGGCACCACGUUCCGAACGGGAGGCUGACGAGCAGCCGGCUCUUCUUCGAUCCGAAGUUCAUCCAGCAGACGGCGCCAUCAUCGACGUUGGGCGGCUCGGCGCUGGCGCUCCACUACGCAAACGUGAUAAUCAUCGUGGAGAAGAUGGUCAAGUUCCCGCAGCUGGUUGGCAACGACGCGCGCGACGAUCUCUACCGGAUGCUCCCCAAGAGCGUCCGGGUGGGACUCCGCACCAGGCUGAGGGCCUGCUUCAAGCCCAGCAAUGGCGGCGGCGGUGGCGAGGCGGCGGUGCUCCGGCUGGAAAACUCCACCGCGGCGGCGUGGCGGGAGAGCCUGGAGGAGAUUCUUGGGUGGCUGGCGCCGCUGGCGCACAACAUGAUCCGGUGGCAGUCGGAGCACAACUUCGAGCAGCAGGUUGUGUCGCGGACGAAUGUGCUACUGCUCCAGACGCUCUUCUUCGCGGACCAGAUCAAGGCGGAGGCGGCCAUCGUGGAGCUCCUGGUGGGGCUCAACUAUCUGUGCUGGUACGAGAAGGAGAUGAAGGCGAGCAUCCCGGCGCUCGACUACGCGGCGGCGGCGGCGGCGAGCAAGGAUCUGGACGAGUAUCUGGAUUGGCAGUUUUAGCGCGCUCUCUCGAGUUGGAGAUCUCUGCGUGAGACUGGCUUCUUCCCCGCGACCAAGGACGAGAGAGGAGGAGAACGGCGAAAUUGUACAUUGUUUGUAGCGAGUGCUCUCUAUCUUUAGUCAGUUCUAGUCAACGGUGGCCGAGUCAAAGCACUAUCUAGCAACAGCUAUAGUCAACGGUGGCACAGUAUGUAGUCAAUGCUAGUCAAUAUUUAGUCAACGGUCCAGUUUCUAGAGUA